AGAGAAGAAACAUGACACAGGAGGAGCUUUUAGGAGGGUCAAAGUUUUAUCCAAACAAAGGGAGAGUUUCAUCUGAAGGCUGUCAACAUCUUUAACUUUUUAAAGACUUUCAAUCGAAACCUGAGCUUUAAAUCAACCAAACGAACAUCCAGAGGAAAGAGCUUCGUAGCUGUUAGUUGGUGAUCGGACAAUUUGGAUUGACCAUGGUCCGUUUUUUGAAGUUUUUCACGGUGGUGGGUGAUGACCACCAGGCUGCUUCAAAGUGGCAUGACGAAGAACUAAAAGUCAGCGAAGACUUGGGGCCUCCAAAUCUAACGACCUCACAGCUGACGUUCAGAGACGGUCUGAAACGUCUCUUCAGCUCAGAGAGAUUUCAGAUAGCUGUUGUGAUUCUGGUGAUCUUGGAUGCCUUAUUUGUUCUGUGUGAGCUGCUGUUAGACCUGUCUAUAAUCGAAGCCGAUGAGCAUCACAUCGCUCCACAGGUUUUUCACUACCUCAGCUUGGCUCUGCUCACCUUCUUCAUGGUGGAGCUGGGCUUUAAGCUGUACGCUUUUCAGCUGGAGUUUUUCCACCACAAAUUUGAGGUGUUUGAUGGAAUUGUUGUGAUUGUGUCCUUCAUCCUGGAUAUCGUGUACAUCUCCAAAGAGAACGCCUUUGAUGGCAUGGGCCUGCUCAUCCUGCUCAGGCUGUGGAGAGUGGCCAGGAUCAUUAAUGGUAUUCUGUUGUCAGUAAAGAGUCAAGCUGAUCACAAAGUGCACAAACUGAAAGAGGAAAAUGAUCGUCUCCUCCAUCAAAUCAGCGAGCUGCAAGAGCACAAAACCGCAAUGGAGCAGGAGGUCAAGGUGCUGAGAGCAAUCUUAACAAAGCACUCCAUCCAGUACUGAUCAUCGUAACUCACCAUUACCAGCUGUACAUAAUACUCAUUAUAAAAACACAACCUUCAUUGUGAAUGUGAGCCAGUGAAUGAAAAUAUACUAAACUAAAAAGCUAUAGGUCAAAGUUCUAGGUUCGUAUUUAAUGCCGGUGCUUCAAGCCAGAAUCAAGUAUGCUCAAUCUUAGCUCUACAAGUAACCAGGGUCCGCCAUGGCAAGAGCUGCUGUAGCUUUAUGAACAAGGCCAUAAAGGAGUUUCGAGAAGGAACAUGCUGAGAAGAAAUCAUUAGAUCAUAACUAUUACUCGAGGUUUACAAUAACGUUACAAAAUAGUAUUUGUAAUAUAAUGUUCUCUGAGUAGGAAAAACUUACUUGGAAAUUCGGGACAAUCUCCUCGAUCCUGAUGUCAGCGUGUGACAUCAAAUCACAGAAUCACCAGUAAAUGAUGAAAGCCAUUUGAGCUACACUGUAUAAAACUAGUAUUUGCUUUAGACCUAUAAAAACUGUAUAGUUUGUGUAAAUUGUAAGAGGUAAAUAUACACCUGUCAUCACAGUUAGCUGGCUGGAUGAUUGCUUACAAAAGUCUGAAUGGAAUUAAAAGGACAUUGACUUUAAUUUGUCCACAGUAAGGACCAGUAGAAGACAGCUGUACUUGUACAACACAGGUAGUCCUGAUCAUUUAAAGUGAAUAUCACAUUAUAUCAGCACAUGUAAAGUUGGGACUAUUCAAGAAAGGAAUCAACUGUGAGCUUGUUCAUUAACGUUUCUUUAAACUUUAAACUUUUUCAUUUUGGAUUCAGCUAUUUCUUUACGUCUUUAUGUAGAAUUGCAGUAUGCAGACUAAAAUAUGUCUAGGAAGAAAACUGUUAAGCUUUUGUUAAGCCUGCUGUCAAAGAAUAUACUUUAUCAAGGAA